GACCCUUGGCGUGGGGAGGCCGCGCACGGGUCUCUCCCAGGUUACCGGCGGGGAACUGUCCCGGCGCGCUUCCUCCUUCCUCCUCCUCCCGGCGGCUUGCCGGGCCCCUCCUCCCUGCUCUCGCGCUCCCUCCCUCCUCUUCCCCUCCCCAGGCCGCCUCCUCCUCCUCCUCCUCCUCCCUUUCUCUCUCGAUCUGUCUCUCCCGGCCCGGAAUCCAUUCCGGCCUGGGAGCCGGAGCGGCCAGGCCGCCGUGUGCCCGAACCCCUGGCCGUCCGGCGGCCGGUCCUCCGGUGCGUCUGUCUGCCGGUGCGUCCGCCUGCCCGCCGGCCCAGAGCACAGAGGCUCAGAGAAGUGAAGUGACUUCCCAGCUAUGAGAGAGAGUGCCAGGAUCUGAUAGCAGAUAAGGAAACUGAGAGGUGAAGUGACUUGCCCAAGAAGAUUUAGCUAGUAAGUAGUGGAGCCAGGAUUUGUACCCAGGUCGGACUGGAGUCCUCACUCUCAACUCCUAAGCUCCUGGCCUCCCCUCCACUCUUAGAAGAGGUGGAGGUGACCUUCUUCAGAGCCAGGAAGGAAGGAGCAGGUAUGACCUGACUGAACUACAGUUUUUUCUGGACUCUUCUGGAUGUUAUGAGGACGCUGAGGCCCAGAGAAGGGAAGUGACUUGCCUAGGGUCACACAGCGGGGAGAGGUAGAGCAGGGUCUGUAGUCCGAGACCGCCGACUCUACACCUGGUGUUCGUGCUGAGACCUCAGGCUGCUUCCCAGGUCCUCUGGGAUAGCCCCUGCCUUGCACCAGCAGGACCAUGGGCAGCAACAAGAGCAAGCCCAAGGAUGCCAGCCAGCGGCGCCGCAGCCUGGAACCUGCUGAUAACACCCAUGGCGGCGGCGGCGGCGGCGGCGGCGGCGGCGGCGGCGGGGGUGCCUUCCCCACCUCACAGACCCCCAGCAAGCCGGCCUCCGCUGAUGGCCACCGGGGCCCCAGCACGGGCUUUGCCCCUGCAGCCGCCGAGCCCAAGCUGUUCGGAGGUUUCAACUCCUCCGACACAGUCACCUCCCCGCAGAGGGCGGGGCCCCUGGCUGGCGGAGUGACCACCUUUGUGGCCCUCUAUGACUAUGAGUCGCGGACAGAGACUGACCUGUCUUUCAAGAAAGGGGAGCGGCUCCAGAUUGUCAACAACACGAGGAAGGUGGAUGUCAGCCAGACCUGGUUCACAUUCAGAUGGCUGCAAAGAGAGGGAGACUGGUGGCUGGCCCACUCACUCAGCACAGGACAGACGGGCUAUAUCCCCAGCAACUACGUCGCGCCCUCCGACUCCAUCCAGGCCGAGGAGUGGUACUUUGGCAAGAUCACCAGACGGGAGUCAGAGCGGUUACUGCUCAAUGCGGAGAACCCAAGAGGGACCUUCCUAGUGCGAGAAAGCGAGACCACGAAAGCCCCUCCGCACGUGGGUUGCAGACUCUCCACCACCAUAGCUACGAAGCUCCCGCUUCCUGUGGGCCUGGGGCUCAGUGGGAGAUGGGAAAGCAGAGCAUCCGUGUCAUGCGCCUACUGCCUCUCAGUGUCUGACUUCGACAACGCCAAGGGCCUCAACGUGAAGCACUACAAGAUCCGCAAGCUGGACAGCGGCGGCUUCUACAUCACCUCCCGCACCCAGUUCAACAGCCUGCAGCAGCUCGUGGCCUACUACUCCAAACACACUGAUGGCCUGUGCCACCGCCUCACCACUGUGUGCCCCAUGUCCAAGCCACAGACUCAGGGCCUGGCCAAGGACGCCUGGGAGAUACCCCGGGAGUCGCUGCGGCUGGAGGUCAAGCUGGGCCAGGGCUGCUUCGGAGAGGUGUGGAUGGGGACCUGGAAUGGUACCACCAGGGUGGCCAUCAAAACUCUGAAGCCCGGCACGAUGUCUCCGGAGGCCUUCCUUCAGGAGGCCCAGGUCAUGAAGAAACUGAGGCAUGAGAAGCUGGUGCAGCUGUACGCGGUGGUGUCUGAGGAGCCCAUCUACAUCGUCACGGAGUACAUGAGCAAGGAUAGUACUGUCCAGCGCCAAACCCACACAGCCACUGAUGUGCUUUCUGUCUUCAUAGAGUUGUUUCUUCUAGAAUUUCGUAUAGGGAGUUUGCUGGACUUUCUCAAGGGGGAGACGGGCAAGUACCUGCGGCUGCCUCAGCUGGUGGACAUGGCUGCUCAGAUCGCUUCAGGCAUGGCGUACGUGGAGCGGAUGAACUAUGUUCACCGAGACCUCCGUGCUGCCAACAUCCUGGUUGGAGAGAGCCUCGUGUGCAAAGUGGCUGACUUCGGGCUGGCUCGGCUCAUUGAAGACAAUGAGUACACAGCCCGGCAAGGUGCCAAAUUCCCCAUCAAGUGGACGGCUCCAGAAGCUGCCCUCUAUGGCCGGUUCACCAUCAAGUCAGAUGUGUGGUCCUUUGGGAUCCUGCUGACAGAGCUCACAACAAAGGGACGGGUGCCCUAUCCCGGGAUGGUGAACCGCGAGGUGCUGGACCAGGUGGAGAGGGGCUACCGGAUGCCCUGCCCGCCCGAGUGUCCCGAGUCUCUGCAUGACCUCAUGUGCCAGUGCUGGCGGAAGGACCCAGAGGAACGGCCCACCUUCGAGUACCUGCAGGCCUUCCUGGAGGACUACUUCACGUCCACCGAGCCCCAGUACCAGCCCGGAGAGAACCUAUAGGGCGUGGGCUACAGGGCCAGACUGCCUUCUUGGCUUGGAUCCUGAGCUGGGUGGCCCCUGACGUGGGGUCUUGCCUGCCUCUGCCUGCCCGCCCCCCGUUGAUCCUCUCUGUGGGGCUGAAUUGCCAGUGACGAGGCCCCUCCCUCUUUUGUGGCAUGGAAGGGCUUGGGGCCUGGGGCCGCCCUGGGGGCAGGGUCCAAGGCUGGCGCAGUGACUGUGCCCCGGCCCCUGGCCAGCCGCACGCCUCCUCCCUGCGUUCCCUCCUGGAGCUCUGCGCGUCUCAGCAGGAGGAGCUGGGAAGAAGGGCUGGGCUGAGGGCACCCUUUUCUUAGCCUCAACCUACUGCACGCACUGGCCCUUUCCCACUUCCACGCCACCCCAGGUCUGUCUGCAGAGCUAGCCAAAGAGCCUUUCCAAAGAGGAGUGAUGGGCCACUGGCCCUCGGCCUGCCUGCCACCACCCUGCCCCUUGCCAUCCAUUUCUGAAACGCCUGUUGGUGGAGGCUGCCGGGUCCAGGCCCCUCUGCUGUGGCUCCCUGGCUGGUGAGGCCUAGCUUGACUUGAUGCUGGUGGGUGGGGUGGACACCUCCCUCAAACCCUGCCCUUCUUAGACCUGAGGGAUCCUUAGAGAUCUUCAAUUCCUUGUCCCCAUACUACCCAUGGGGAAACUGAGUCCAGAGAGGGAAUGUGACUUGCCCAAGGCCACAGAGCAGUUCAGGGUUGAGGCGGGAUUGGAACCUGGUGCUCCCUCUGUCUUCCUCAGGAACCAACAAGAUUGUCCUUGGAGACACUGUGGACAGACUCGGGCAGCCCAGGGGACAGGGGGCCUGAGGACGGGUUAGAGAUAGCAGAGAGUCCUGCUGCCACUGCUUGCUCAGUGGGCUGUUGUGGGGGGAGAGAAUGGAGGUAGAUGUGGGGCUGAGCUAGAAAUGAAAGGUACAAGGGUAGGGAGGCAGGUUUCAAUCAGAAGGUGGGUGGUUUGACCUUUGGAGCUAGCCAGUCAUGAAAGGGAGUGAGCUCACCGGCUCUGGAGGCAAUCCAGCAGAAAAAGAAGAUCCAAAUGAUUGGGAGGCCCUGGCCUCAGGAAGGAACCCCAGGUCCUCCUUGCCCCAGUUUGUCCAGUGUCAUUUCAACGCCUGGCCCCUGCUCUUCUCCCCAAGUUGGCACCCUUAACUCGCGAGUACGGAAAGGAGUGCCUAGACUGGGGUGAGGAGAGAGGACUGGGGUGUCUAUUGCCACACACCAGGACUGGCUGUGUGCCCUCGGGCAGCCCCUGCUUCCUUCUCUGGGCUGCAGCGUCUGCCUCCAUUUGUGGCCAUGGCCUCUGCAACUGCCCCACUCCCGUCCAGACCCCGUGGCCUGGCAUCACGUGGUGAGCUCAGCCCAUGGCAUCAGGAGACCGUGUUUUGGCCCUUGGGCUACGUGGUGGCUUCUCCCUGGACCUCAGUGUGUCCUUCUUAAACGGGGCAGCCAACGGUUUGUAGGCAUCUUGCCAAGGGCCCCUGUGUGCGUGUGUGUGUGUGUGUGUGUGUGCGCGCGUGUGCACUUGUAUGUUCCUCCAUGUGUGUUCAUAUUUAACAUGUAAAAACACCCCCUGCUCUGUCCCCCAGACCUGUUGUACAUUUCACCCACAGCCCCCCAUCAUAGCAAUAACGUUCCCGCUGCCAGGGGUUCUCGAGCCAGCCAGGCCCUGCCAGUGGGGAGGGAGGCCAAGUGGUGCCUGCCUAUGAAAUUUCAACUUUUCCUUUCAUACAUGUUUAUCACCCAAGUCUUCUCCUGUCCUGUCUCCUUCCCAGUCGAAUCUGGACUCACUCACCCCAGCGUGCUCCCAAAUCCCCUUCUGACUGCCCAGUGUCCUUUGUAUAAGGUGUCCUAAUACCGUCUUUUUUUUUUUUUUUUUUUUUUUAAAACAAACAGUGUUUUGUAGAUUUCAGAUGACUAUGCAGAGACCUAGGGGACCCCCGGCUCUGGGCAGGGCCUGGGGUUCCUGCGUUCCACGGCGAGGCCUGUGGGGGGAGGGGGGAUUUGGAACUGGUUGUAAAUACUUUGCAUAUUGUCUGAUUAAACACAAACAGACCUCAGAGUUUGGUCAGAGGUUUCUUGAGUAUCUAUUGUGUGCUGGAGAGUGAGAGGGGGUGGGAUGUGAGGACAGACUGUGUCAGAGGGGCCUUUGUGCAGGCAGCAUUGGUGACUGGAGGGCUUGAGGCCAGAGAGGGACAUAAUCAGAUUGGAGAUCUCUGGAAUGCGGCUGUGUGUGCACAUCCAUCCCUGAGUUGGGGGAGUGACUGUGCCUGGCAGAAACCUUGCUUGUGUCUGAGAUGCACCAGGCGAAGCCCAGGGCCUGUGAGCAGGAAGUGUGAGCAGUUGAAGACUCUUUGC